GGAAAUCAACAUCAACAUAGGCUACGCAUUUCUUAGCAAAUUUUCUGAAUUUAAGUGUCUGGAAAUAAAGGACGACGUCUGAUGAAAACAGUUCAAGAAAGUCGAAAAUGUCUGCCAGUACUACUUUCCAGACACAGAUAACUGCUAUAAUGGAGGUUCUAGCAAAAGCCGCUAUAGCAGAAAUAAGCAAACUUGUAGAGGAUGACCAUGUAGUAAUAAGACUGGAGAUGUGUCGGAGAGAAAAUGAGAUUGAGACUCUGAAGAAAAGAUUAUUUUUCACAGAAAGAGACCUUAGGAAAGCCCAGCGAGCUGCCAUACGCGUGAUUCCUGAACGGGUGUCUGUCGGUAUCCAGGUAGAAAGACCUGGCGAUGAAUAUCCUGUUGUGAAUUCUUACACAGUUACGCAAGAGACCGUUCCAAAAGAAGAGGGGAAAACAUCAAUAGAAGAUCAAAUGACACCAUUUAUACAUGAUGGGGACAGAGAGGUGUUGCAUAAUCUGCCUCAGCUAACACACAACAGUGGGGAUAUCAUAGUGUCGGAUUUUACAUUGAAAAGAGAGCCAGAGGAAGUUCAAGUAGGCCAGACACCCAGUCUUUCAGACUGUGAACAUAGGUCUAAGGGCAUACAGUCUGAUGGUGGAGCAAUAGACACACUGGCACAGUCUUGGCCAUCCUUUGAUGAAACACACUGUCAGGUGGAAGAUGAGGAUCCAGGCUGCUCUUACAACACUGAGCAGAACAGUUCCUCUGAAGCACACCUGUUCGCUGUAGGCCCCGAGGAUGGCUCAGGGGAUUUCCCAGAGGAUUUACACCUUGAUCUGUUUAAUUCAGUGUCUGUGAAAGAAGAGGGUGGUUGCAUGUCUAUCUCUCAAAACUUCCCAGAGACUGUUGUUCAAAGUAAAGAUGGACACCCCAAAGAGACAGUGGACAUGGCAGCAGUCCAGCCACAGGCACACUCAGUCCCAAGAACAGACAAGGGAAGCACUUCUUUUUCACUCAACAUGGCCACACAUCUCACAGUGGCUUCACAUGGGAGACCCACAUUCAUACCCACUGACUCACAAACACACACCACACAUGCAGCCUUGGGCUCACACAUACACACCUCACAGAUCUCCUCUCAUUCACAGGCCCCCACCAAUUCACACACUCCCUCUCCAUACACACACAGCCUCCCGCCCAGUCGCCACCUGGUCAUGAGACCCAGGACGCCUGGCCUGAUGCACCGGCGAAGCAGCAUCGGCAUGAACGCCAGCUCCCACCACCGCGUUUUCAUCUGCUCGCUGUGCGGCAAGAGCUACCCCCGCUUCUGCCAGCUGGAGGCGCACCAGCGCAGCCACACCGGCGUCAAGCCCUACCGCUGCACGGAGUGCGGCAAGCGCUUCACGCAGAAGACGCGCCUGAAGACGCACCAGAGUGUCCACACGGGCGAGCGGCCCUUCAGCUGCAGGCUGUGUGGGAAGAGGUUCAACCGGCAGGACAACUGCCUGAGGCAUGAGAGAUUCCACAGAGCCAAGAACCCUUCCUCCAGACUCGGCAUGGGAAGAGGCUUGUCCAGCUGAAACACACUGUUGACAUAGAAGCUGAUUUUUUAUUAUUAUUUUCUAAGCAUAGGUCUGACUUGACUUAACCAAAAUAUUUGGUGCAAAAACUCGUUUUGUUCUUUGGUUAGGGGGAGGCUGAUGCCCCAAAGGGAUAUAAGUGGACAAAAUCUUACCAGCCUGCAAUCCAAUAGUAAAGUGCUUAAUUGAACAAGAAACAUUUUCAGCAUUUAUAAUGGGUGCUUACCACAGGUUUAGAAGUUGUGUGAUCUCAGAUGUAACAAUGAAUUGAUAUUGU